UAAAUAAUCUCUUUUUUUUUAAUGAACAAUGCGACAUCUUGCUGGUUUAUUAAAAAGCUUUAAAUGUCAGAUGAAAACAAAAUGGUUGUUUUCAUUGAAAACUACACCACCUGAGAUAGAAAACAGCUGAUUUAUUUUUUUUUGACAUUGGAUUUAUAAUAUUUAUAAAUAAAAAAAAUAUGAUUUUAGUAUGACAAUGUUACGUCGCCAUAUUUAAAAGAUAAGACAAGUGAUAAAAAAUAAAUAAAAUUGACAAUUUUUGUUGAUCUAAAAUUUAUUGUUGUUUAAUUUAUUUUUAAUAUAAAAAAAUUAUAUUAAAUAUUAAAAAGAUAUAAGAACAAUCAACCGGUUGAUUAUUUUGUUUAUUUACAUUUUGUUUAUUAUUGUUUAUUUGUUUUAAUUGUUAAUAAUAAUGGCAACGUCAACAUCAACAACAACAAGUAGUAACAAUGGCUAUAAUUUCAAAGUUGUUUUGUUGGGUGAAGGAUGUGUUGGCAAGACCUCAAUGGCCUUGAGAUAUGUCGAGGAUAAAUUUAAUGAUAAACAUUUAACAACACUUCAGGCAUCGUUUUUGAAUAAAAAGUUGAAUAUUGAUGGUAAACGUGUUAAUUUGGCUAUUUGGGAUACAGCAGGACAGGAAAAAUUUCAUGCACUUGGUCCAAUUUAUUACAGAAUGUCAAAUGGAGCAAUUUUAGUUUAUGACAUUACUGAUGAAGAUACCUUUAGAAAGGUCAAAAAUUGGGUUAAAGAGUUGAAGAAAAUGUUGGGGAGCGAUAUUUGUUUGGCAAUUGCUGGUAACAAAAUGGAUUUCGAAAAAGAUAGAACUGUCUCUGUAGAAGAAGCUGAAGAAUAUGCAAAACAAGUUGGUGCUGUACAUUUUAACACAUCAGCUAAAAAAAAUUACAAUAUUGAAGAAAUAUUUUUAGAUUUAACAAAAAGAAUGAUGAUACAUGCUGAUAAUAAUGAACAACAAAAAUCAACAUUAUCAAGAUCAAAUUCAAUGAGAAGAAAUGUCGUUGUUGUUGAAGAUGAAAAUGAACAAAUACAAACACCAAAAUCAUCAUGUUGUGGUUCUUCAUAAUUUCGAUUAUUUAAUUGCAAUAAAAAAAUCUAACUCAUUAACAAACAAUAAACAAAACAAAAAACAAAAUGUACAUAUUAGUCAUAAAUAUAUAUAUUUUUUUGUUUAUUUAUCGUUGAUAAUAAAACCAACAAAAAUUAUAAAAACCGAUUAAAAAUAAAUAAACAUCAAAGGGGCUGGGUUAUCAAAUUAUUUUUUUAAUUUUUUUGUUAUUAAAGUUGGAGAGAAAUAUUCAUCCAGACUGCUAUAAAUAUAUUAAAAUAAAAACAAUAUUGUAUCAAGUUUGAAAAAUUUUAAAAAGCCAUAUAAUUAUUUGUAAUAAAUACGUAAAAAAUUUUCAUGUAAAUUAAUUUUUAAAUAAAUAAAAUGGCAACAUGAGAUAAAUUAAAUUUUAAAUAAUAAUUAUUUAAAUGUGCAAUAAUAAAUAUCAAAUAAAUUAUUAUAAUAUAAAUUUAUAAUUAUAUUGUUUAUUUAUUAACUAUUAUAAACAUUAUUUUUUUUUAUAAAUAAACAUUAAGUCAACAAUAUCAAAAUAAAUUCAAAUUAAUUUAACUGUUUUUGUCUUUGAUUUCUUUUUUAAAUACUGUUUAUUAAUUUUUGUUAAUAAUAAAUUUAUUAUUAUUAUUAUGACAUACAAUGCAUAAUUAAAAAAUAGGAAAUAAUUUAAUUGGACAAUUGUUUAUACUUUAACAAAUAUCUAAUUUAUUUUAAUCAAUUUUUAUUAUUUAUAAAUUCGUAUCAUUUUUUUUCGUUGAUAGAAAAUAAUAGCUAGUUUGUUGUUACAUUUAAAAAAAAAAAAAAAAAACUAUUCAUCAAUGAUAUUGGUUUUAAUUUUUUAAUUGUUUA